UGCAUAGAAAGUUUGGAAGAAACAAUAAUUCUGUAUUAAUUCUCAAUAAUUUGAUUCAUUAUUUAAUCUUUUUUUAUAAAUGCUUAGGGUUUAGCUUUAUUAAAGUUGAAUGUGUAUUUUUUUUUUUAAUGUUUUGAUUCCAGCUCUGGAAUGGGAUCUUUAUCUUUGUCUUUUAUUUUGAAAAGCCAGCAUUUUUCAGAGUCCCUUGUAACAUUCUACAACUUUUAUUUUGAUACUGUACCUCAGUGCAUUCUGUUAAUGGUUUUCAGCUGACCAACUGAAACAAUCAUUUUAAAAAAAAACAAGCUAAAGAGAACAAUCAUCUAAAAAAAAACAACCUAUAGAUAUAUGUGGACUUCAUGUGUGACAUCAUGUGUGACAUCAUGAGCUUCCAUCAGCAGAGAUUACAAGUGUAGGGUGAACUGUUACAACCACACACUUCUGUCUAGAGCCAAAGACAGUGAGCAAACCAGUGACCAGCGAAGGAACCAGAGCGAGGAAUUAACCGAACUCAACAAACCUUCGACCUUCUUCCAGAACUUCGGUGUUCUUGAAGAAUCUACAGCUUCUGCAACCACCUACAACUACUGCAGUUGUCACAUUUUAUUUCUUUUUAACACCACUCUUGAACUUUUCUGCUACCAUGUCCUUCAGGGCCAAUCCAAGGUUGACCAUUACCACGGUAAUUCGUGGUUUGGCCCCGAAUUACCGUGGGCCAAACCACCACCACGUCAAUCCUGCCGCGCCCCAAAGCUCUCGUGGCGCCUCUCAGGAGGAAAACGACUUCCUGAGACAUCACAUCCACAAUAUGAGCCUUCGAAUCCAGGAGCUCAUCACCGAAAAGCAGCAGCACUCGUCUGAAAUGCUGAGUUCUAAAGCCACGAUCAAGCAGCUGCAGGAGAAAGAGAAGGAGCUCCAGAACAAACUUCAGCAGAAGCAGGAACAAAUCUCAGUCCUGGAAUCACAGCUCAGAGAGCACAAGCAGGUCAAAGAACCAGCUGAGAACACCAUGGAGUCUGACGACCAACAGGACUUUGAGGCUUCCUUCAAUAACAUGAAAACAUCGUCCAUGAACUGGGGAGACUACAUGGACGACGUUGAUGAAAUGCGAGAGCAGCUGGAACUCAAAGACAGAGAGAUCCUGAAACUGAAAAAUGAGAACCAGAGUCUUUCAGCUGCUCUCAAAGCCGCCCAGAACCUGCAGAGAGAAGGCGGCAAAUCUCUGGAGGACAGUAAAGAGAUGCAACAGCAGAAGAAGGCCUUGGAUGAGGAGAGAAAGGAGAUUGAGAAAGUCAAGAAAGAUCUCGAGCAGAAGGCAAAAGAUCUGCUAAAAGAAAAAGUCUCGCUUCUGGAGCUGAAGGCAGAAGUGCAGAGAAGCAUGGAACAGCUCGAACAGAAGACCUACGAGCUGCUAGACCUCGAGGAAAAACUCAGGCUGGACAGAAUAGAGCUGGAGAACCAAAAAAAAGCAGCAGAGAUCAAGAAAGAACUUCAAGCUGAGAGGAAAGAACGUGAAAGAAUGAUGAAAGUUCUAGAAGAUCAGAAUGCUUCAACCAGCAAACAGAAGUCAGAAGUGGAGGAACAGAAAGAGGAAAUGAAGGAGACUUCUCUGAAGAUGGAAGAAGAGAAGACAAAGCUAGAGGUUAGCGAAAUCCUGGAGCAAAACAAUCCAGAAAUCCAGGGAAAGAUUGCUGAACUGGAGACAGAAAAGAAAGACAUGGGAGAGAAUCAAAGACUCCAGGACAAGAAAAAAGAACUGGAGCAAGAAAAGGCAGAAAUGGAGGUGAGGUAUGAGAAUCUGCAGAGCGAGAAGGAAGAACCGAAGCAGCAGAAAACAGAAACAGAAGAUGGAAAUAAAGAGCUGCAAGAAGACGAGGUCAAGCUGCAGGAGGAGACUCAAGACCUGGAGGUGAAGCAGCAGGAAAACCAGCAACAGAAGAAGAAACGAAAGAAGAGGGGCUUCUGGAGCUGGCUGUUCAGAAAGUCCUGAGGUGGACCAGGCUCAUGAGCUUCCUCACCUUCCACUCCCCCUUUUUCUCCCUCCUUCAGCUCUCAUCAUUUCUGCCUCUACCUCUCCAUCCAUCCUUCCUCUCUCAUCUUCACCUCUCCUUUCUCCUUCUCAUCUUCACCUCUCCAUCCAUCCUCCAUCUCAUCUUCACCUCUCCAUCCAUCCUCCAUCUCAUCUUCACCUCUUAAAAAAUAAACUUUAAUCCAAUGGGACAUGGUGGGAACAUGCUGGUCCGAGGCAAUCCCACCAGCACCAGAACCCUCUGCAGUAAGGAGCUGGCCUGCCUCAGGUAAGCAAAGGCAGUCAUGGACACACACAACACUCAUUUACAUCCAAUUAUUUGAAAACAAUUAUAUGCCACAUGAAGUCUGUGAAUUUUUCUGUUUGAAGUAGAGCUAAAACAUGUUGAAAGGGAAGAAAAGGAGCCCUAUAUUGACUUUUGCCUCUUUUCUGCUUUGACUCAAGGUUACCCAACCUGGCGCAGACCUGUUAUAUGAACGCCACACUGCAAGCCCUCCUGACACUGACUGGUUUCGUGCAGGAGGUCAACAACCAGGAGCAGUUGUGGCAUUAGAGGACACAGUAGGGGGUAGAGGUAUGUAAACAAAAACUGAGUCGGACAUGGCUUAAGAUAACCCGCACAACCUGCACAGCAACUAGAAACAUUUAUGUAUAAUAAGUUAAAUAUCAAUCAAAAAUUGUAUAUAUAAAAUCUAAACUGAUUUAAUACAAAAUUUUAAAACACUAUUAAAUUGAAAAAUCCACCACAGAAACAUCAAAUUCUCACAAUCUAAUUUCACAGAAUAUUAAGUGGCUGUUAUCAACAUUUUUAUGUCAUUGUAUGAAAACAAUGUCAGCAACUUAACAUGUUUCUUCUUUCUAACAUGUUUUUUAUUCUCUCUUUUUCCUUAGUAGUGUCAAUAGCUUUGUGUUGCUGUCUCUCUCUCUCUUCUUUCCCUCUCAACCUGGCCGGCCAGCAGCAGAUGGGUCCCCCCACAUGAGUCUGGUUCUGCUCAAGGU